UGUUAUUGUUGGUAUUUAUACCCUUUCUAUCAGUUGGAUUUUUAUGAAUGCAGCCUUGUGGUUCGUAUUAUUUGCAUGCCAUUUAUUUUUAUAUAUACGACCCUGGUCCCUGUGAAUAACAGAGCUUCGGAUGCGGGUUGGUUUGGACCACCACGUUCAGUUGAAUUUUUAUACAUACAACCCUGUGAUUAUUAACAUUUACAUAUGUCUCUUUACUUUUUGAUACGUGUCCAGUUGAAUGUUUACAUACAAGCCCUUCUAAUUGUUUAUAUUUAUCGUUCGGUACCAUUAUUUUCAAAAUUCAUUUCAAUUUUUUAAAUUGAAUAUUCAUAUUUUAUUUGGGGACCUUUUAUAAAAUGCUUUCUCUUUCCUAAAAGCGGUUCGACAGAGAGAAACUCAGAAGUUUGGUGAUCGAAGCGAAGCUCUCGGCCAUGGAGGACGAGGCUUUGCAGAGGGUUUUGGAACGAAGAGGGAGGUACUCCUCCACCUCGCCGCCGUCCCCGCCUCCUUGCUCCGCCGCUGCUGCCUCUGCUUCCUCCUCCUCGUCGAUUCUCCAGUCUCUCCCUCUCCAUGUGUCCUUCGAUCAUGGCUAUUAUCUCCUCGUCAAGGCCAUCCAAGAACUCCGUGAGAAGAAAGAUGGCCAUGUUGUUACUGUCGGCAUCGGCGGCCCUAGUGGCUCCGGCAAGACUAGCUUGGCGGAGAAGGUGGCGUCUGUUCUUGGUUGUGUGGUGAUCUCCAUGGAGAACUAUCGGAGUGGAGCCGACGAUGGGAACGACUUGGAUUCUAUUGAUUUUGAUUUUCUUGUCAAGAAUCUCCAGGAUUUGGUGGAAAAGAAGGAUGCACUGAUGCCAAUAUUUGAUUUCCAAGAGAAAAGACGUGUUGCUUUGAAGUCGGUGAAGAUUUCUUCAUCUGGAGUGGUGAUUGUAGAUGGUGCUUAUGCUUUGCAUUCAACACUUCGCUCUCUGCUUGACAUCAGGGUUGCUGUGGUCGGAGGUGUUCAUUUCAGCCUUCUGUCCAAAGUUCGACAUGAUAUUGGAGAUUCGUGUUCACUUGACUACCUUAUUGAUAGCAUUUUCCCUUUAUUUAGAAAGCGUAUUGAGCCAGAUCUUCAUCAUGCACAGAUUAGAAUCGACAAUAGCUUUGUUUCAUCAUUUAGAGAACCUUACUACAAACUGAAAUGUAGGAGCCAGUGCCUUGAUGGACAAUUGACUAGUUAUUUUGAAGGAAGCGGAGUGGACACAGAGAAUUUCAUUGAAAUGUUCCUUCGACCACCAUUUGCAAACGAAGAAGCUAGGAUAAAUGAUUGGAUAAAGGUGCGACAAUGUGGUAUCAGAUACUACUUAUCUCUAGGUGAUCAGCGGAUUGUUGAUAAGAACUUCAUCAUCAGGCCAAGAGCUGAGUUUGAGGUUGGGCGCACAACUUUAGGUGGCCUGCUUGCUUUAGGCUACAAGGUUGUAGUUAGUUACAAGCGUGGAUGUACAUCCGUCCACAAUGGACAAUUAUUGAUGGCUCUGGAAAGCAUUGAUACUCUGAAUGAGGCAUUUUUGGUCUUGAAGGGGACGAGCAGGAAAGUUCUUGGAGCAGAAGCUGCCAGGCUGGGCAUCAGGGGCCCCUGGAUCACUAAAUCAUACCUGGAAAUGAUUCUAGAAAGCAAAGGGGUACCACGUCUUAAUACCCCACCACCUGUGUCUAGUUCACUUUUGACUGGAAAUCAAGAAAGGGCUAUUGCUGCUCCUAGACCAGUUCGCUUAUCUACAAAUCUUGUUCACAAGCUUGAGGAUCUUACACAGCCUUGGACUCGAUCUCCAACAAAAUCUGAUAUGGAUACUGUACUAGCAAAAUGGCAUUUCAUAUCAGAUUCUUCUGCUUACAAGGGUAACAUCCAACUUGCUCCAAUGCCUGAUGCAUAUGACCUGGACAGGGGUUUGCUUCUCUCUGUUCAAGCAAUUCAGGCAUUGUUGGAGAACAAGGGUUAUCCCGUUAUUGUAGGAAUUGGUGGCCCUAGUGGAUCAGGUAAAACUAGCUUGGCUCGUAAAAUGGCAAAUAUAGUUGGAUGUGAAGUCAUCUCACUGGAAAGCUAUUACAAGCCUGAACAAGUGGACUUCAAGUAUGAUGAAUUCAGCUCAUUGGAUCUUCCUUUGCUGUGCAAGAGCAUUGAUGACAUAAGGAAUUGUCGUAAAGCAAAAGUGCCUUGCUUUGAUUUUGAGAACCGUAGUCGUAAUGGAUUCAAGGAACUUCAAGUUUCUGAGGACUGCGGAGUGGUGAUAUUUGAGGGGGUGUACGCAUUGCAUCCUGAUUUAAGGGAAUCACUUGACUUAUGGAUUGCUGUAGUUGGUGGCGUUCAUUCACAUCUUAUUGCUAGAGUUCAGAGAGACAAGAAUCGUGCUGGUUGUGCAAUAUCUCAGGAGAAAAUAAUGACAACAGUAUUUCCUAUGUUUCAGCACCACAUUGAACCUCAUCUUGUUCAUGCACAUCUCAAGAUACGAAAUGACUUUGAUCCUGUACUUUCUCCUGAAAGUUCACUUUUUGUACUGAAAAGUAAUAAGCAGGUCAUAUAUCAAGAUAUAUUGAGAGUACUUGACCCAGGGAAAGUGUGCAGCUCUGUUCAAAAUUUCAUUGAUAUCUAUUUAAAGCUUCCUGGGGCAUCCACAAAUGGGAAGCUGACUGAGAGUGACUGCAUACGAGUGAGAAUAUGUGAAGGAAGGUUUGCCUUGUUGAUACGAGAGCCUAUCAGGGAAGGGAACUUCAUCAUACAGCCUAAAGUAGAUUUUGACAUCAGUAUUAGCACAGUUGCAGGUCUUCUCAAACUGGGGUAUCAAGCUGUAGCAUAUAUUGAAGCAUCAGCAUUUAUUUAUCAAGAUGGAAAGAUUCUUAUUGAAGUCGACCACAUGCAAGGUGCUCCAAGCCCUUACCUUCAGAUUAAAGGUAUAAACAAAGAAGUUGUAUCUGCUGCUGCAUCAAUGCUAAGCUUGGAUGGCUCAUAUACCACAAAGACAUAUCUCCAAAUUAUUCUUGAAAGCUUGCCAUCAUCGGAGAGAAGUUCCAAUGGAAUUCAUAUUCAACAAGCUGCUCGGCUCCAGGAACUAGUGGAUUUCAUUCAAUCUCAAGGAGGAAAUUUGAGAGAAGAAUCUUCACAGAAACAGAAAGCCUUAGAAAUGGAGAAAACUGUGCAUGAUCUACGAUGCAGGAUCAAGAAGCUUGAGAGGUGGCAUGCUAGUAAUAUGGUUUUGUGGACCCUUUUGAUGUCUGCUCUAGUUGGGUACCUCCUUUACCAAAAGAAACGACAUUAAAAGUCCGUCACACACAUAGUUCAGUAAUAAGUUGACCAUUUUAUGCAGAAGCCCUACUGCACAUGACGGUUCAAUGAUAAGUUAUUAAUUAUCGACGACAUUCUGGUGAGCUAACCCUGCUUAACCGCUAAACCUGUCCUUAAUGCUCAAGUUAACAGGCUUAAGUGCAGGCUGAGCAGCUACACAAGUUCAGUAUUCAAAAUCUGAUCCUGACCACAGAAUGGUUUGUGAGUCAAAGAUACAUUCCUGAACUUAUAAUUUUUUGGGUUCAAUUGGCAAUUUAAAAACAAAGAAAAAAAAGAAAAAGUAUCUCUCCAUUCGUUGUUUGUUGAUGAAGAAUGCUAUAUAAUAAUGUUACUAAUUAUACAUGUGCUUGGAGUGUUGGUUGUUUAUUUUAAUCAUGUAAAUUGAAUUUGUUUAAGUGGCUGGAGUUUUGAACUACAGGUUUCAUGAUACUGGUCUCUUUUAAUA